CCUCCCCGGGCCAGAGAGAGCACCUCGGCUGCUUAAUGCUCCAGCCUCAAAGGGACGAUGGUGGAGGGCUGGUAAAGAUGGCGGCGCUCUCCGAGGAUGGGAGGUACGGAUUGAAUUGUGGCCGACAGAGCGCUGAUAGAGUCACCGUAUUACAUGUCAAAUUGACCGAGACAGCGCUGAAAGCCAUAGAGAGCCACCAACAUUGUAAGAAUGUACCUUCUCAGCGGCCCACAAUACAAUUCAAGGGACUCCAAGGGCGCAUUAAAAUUCCCAAGAACGAUUCCUCCCCAGACCCUUUCAACAGUUUUGAUUUCUACCUGUCUAAUGUGGGCAAAGACAACCCUCAGGGAAGCUUUGAGUGCAUCCAUCAGUAUGUUGCGAGCUCAGGGGCCUCACACCUGGCAAUGUUGGCCACAGUACAGGACAAAGUCACCGUGUGUGCCACUAAUGACUCCUACCAGGUGACCCGGGAACGCAUGACCCAGGCUGCGGAGGACACUCGUGAACGUGGGACCAAAGUCAUCAAGCCUGGGGGCCAGUACAGAGGAAAGCAAGUCCAUAUCCGUAAGCCAGCGCUAUCGGGCCAUGACGUGGUCCCCGAGCGUAAACGCUCCACACCCAUCAACCCAGCCAACACUAUUCGUAAGUGCCUUUCCAAUAACCCCGUGGCCCAGCGGCCCUUCAGGGACCGCCUCAUCCACCUGAUGGCGCUCCGGCCCUACAAGAAGCUGGAAGUGCUCGCACGUUUGCAGCGGGACGGAAUCAACCAGAAGGACCGAACCUCAUUAGGAACCACCCUGCAACAGGUGGCCAACCUGAACCCCAAAGACAACACAUUCUCACUGAAGGACUUUAUUUAUCGAGACAUCCAGCGAGACUGGCCGGGCUACUCUGAAGAUGAGAAGACCCAGGUGGACCGGAUCGUGGCUCGGAAAUUGGGUCUUCCUCUGGAGACCCUCUCCUCAAGCAGUCCUUCCAAAGACAGCGUCCCCACGUCCCCGCAGAAGCUCCAGCCAGACUUUGACUUCAUCGACCCUCUGGCCCCCAAGAAAGCCCGGAUCUCCCACCUCAGCAGCCGGGGGCCCGCCGCCUCCUCCUCUGACCGCCCCGAGGGCAGCCCCAGCUCCAAGCGCUCGUCCCUCCCCUCCAACGUCGCCUCGGGCCCCCCCGCCCAUCUCCCCGUCCCGUCCCACCCCCCCGCCCCGUCUCACCAGCAGCCCAGCCCGGCCUCCCACUCCAACUCCCCCAGCACCCCCGAGGGCUGCGGCACCCAGGACCUGCCCAUGGACCAGAGCUCCUCCUGCAGGGACCCCUCGCCCAGCCCCUUCUCCUCUGACAGGACCCCGCAGGACCGCUACCGGACCCCCGUCCCCAGACCGGCCGCCUCGCCCAGCCCUCCUCCUCCUCCUCCCCCUCUUCUUCCUCUUCCUCCUCCCCCCUCCUCUUGCACCUCCCUCACAGUCACCUCCACUGUCAUCAGCAGCCCCCCCUCGUCCAGCAGCGCCAACAAGAAGGUGAAGAAGAAAUCCAAGAAGCACAAAGAUAAGGAUCGAGAGCGGGACAAAGGGAAGCGGACGGACAAAGGUAGCAGGAGUCCGCCCGGCGCCGCUGAGCCUGCCGUAGACUGUCGCAAAGCCAAAAGGAAGCGCAACGCAGAGGAAGAGACACGAACUCAAGAAGAAGUCAUCGACAAGAUCCCUCACAAAGAACAAGACUCUUCAGAUAAAGACAAGCCAGAGAAGACGGAGAAGCCAGAGAAGACGGAGAAGCCAGAGAAGACGGAGAAGCCAGAGAAGACGGAGAAGCCAGAGAAGCCAGAGAAGACGGAGAAGCCAGAGAAACCAGAGAAGACGGACCAGCCCACCGAGUUCUCCUCUACAAUUGAGAUGCCCGACUAUGUUGUGAAGUACAUGCCCAUGGUGUCCAUUGACCAGCGGCAAAGCUACAAGGAUGACUUCAACGCAGAGUACGAUGAGUAUCGCCGUCUACACGCCCGCGUGGAGAACAUCACCCGCCGCUUCACCCAGCUGGACGCCAAGUGCCGGAAGAUGACACCGGGCACCAAAGAAUACCAGAAGGUGCAAGAAGAAGUGUUGAAAGAGUACAAAAAGAUGAAACACCACAGCCCCAACUACCACGAGGAGAAGCAGCGCUGCGAGUAUCUGCACAACAAGCUGGCCCACAUCAAGCGGCUCAUCGCUGACUUCGACCAGCGCAGAUCCACGGCCUGGUGCUGAGCUGUCCACUGUCAGUAUUGAGAGAGGAGCGUGGACCCAGGAGGGGGUGUCCGACCGGCUGUUAUUUAUUAACACCCCUUCAGUUACUGCCUCCACAUCCAGCUGUCUUCCUUCUCCCAUCAUCCUUUUGUUCCUUCAUUCCUUACCUCUUUUCCCAUCUUUGAUUCCACUGGCUUCGUUGUUGCCUGCAAUCUUUAAAAAAACAAACUUACUUUGACUUUACCCUCCGUCUUUUUGCUUUCUCCUAUGUUUAUUUCUCAAAGAGCUCCUGUGGAAUUUCAAACCACCGGCUCAGGGGAAGGGGCUGCCCGCAUGUGUGAAGGGGUUCGGGGGGGGGGAAAUCUUCUAACCUUUUUUUUUAAGGACUUUAUCUUCAGGCAAAAAAAAAGAACAAAAAAAGUAUUUUUGAGCAUCAGAGAAAAUAUGAACUUGUAUUUAAGUAAAAAAAAAAAAAGAGGGAGAGAUCUAUUUAUUUUGGGACUCGUAGUGCAAAGAAGAGUCCGCAGAUGAUAUAUUGUUUAACUUUUGACAACAAUGCAAAAAGAAAUACCGCAGGCCUUAUGUGUUUUGACUUUGUGAAGCCAUUUUGCACGCGAGAUCCAUUGUGUCAUCUCAUUUGGGACAGACGUCUCUCCUGCCUCAUUUCCUCUCCUUUCAUAAAACUGUACUGGAUAACCUCGCUGAGUUUGAGGAUGAAGGGGAAAGGAAAGGAGACGGCAGGAGGGCUCUGACCUGAGUGAGAAGCAACAACAGUAUGUGUGCAUGGAUUGUACAUUUAGUUGUAAUGGCCACAUGGGGUGGAGGGGGUUGGGAAACUAAAGGAGUGCGACCCCCUGUCGGUGAGGGGAAGUACUCCCUGCACCAUCAGUGUUUAGUGUUCACAUUGCAUUAUGGGUGCCUUAAGGUGUUUACACUCGGAAAACGUCGAGUCUGGCGACCCUUAGGGGGGCUACACAAAGGAACUAUAACUGCCUGGAAACAGGUUGUGUGUGUGUCUGUGCGCAUGUCGGAGCGGUGAAGGAAGAAAGUUUAGUCUGGAAGGAGUGUUACAAAUGGUAUGAGUGUGUGUGUGUGUGUCCGUACGGAUGUGACAGGUGUAAGGAAAAAACUAGAAAUGUGGAGAAAAAGUGAUAAACGUGAAAAACAAAAAAAAGCUGCUAUAUAGUGUUUGACUAGCCAGAGCACUCAGGAUCAACCUGGCUGACGUCUCAGAUCUUAAUCGAAGAGAUUUAGAAGAUCCUUAUUUUCCGUAACGGCGCAGAGCCUGGGAAAGGAGCGCGCCGAACCUCUUCAGCUUUACCCGGCGGAAAACCCUUUCUGUUCCUAGAAAGAAGCAAAAAACAUCCACCAGAGAACAAAUCUCUAUUAGGAUUUCAAAUGUAUUUGAUUCUCAGUUUGAGUUCUGCAGAUUAGUGGAAGAUUCCUUUUUUUUUUUUUUUUUUUGUCAACAUUGAUAGGUUUAGUUCAAUGGAUGGAUGAAUGGCUUCUAUGAAAAGUCUUUAUUUCAACAAGGGAAAAUGUGUUUACAAACCUGUGUUAGACUGUUUGCCAAAAAAUUAAAUACUUCUUUGGUUCCGCAUCACUGGAGUAAAAUGUAUGAUUGGGGAUUAAUUUAAAGAGACACAAAUACUGGAAUAUGUGUCUCGUUACAUUUGGGGAUGUAGAGAGGAGUCACUGUGCCCAGAGAUCACAACUGAAGGUGUUGACUAUCUGCUUUUUGAAGUGGUUCGCUCCUUCUCGGCUAGUCAGCUGCUCCUGUGUUAGGGAGAAUAUGUAGCCCCAUGUUAUCCCCAUGUUAUCCCCACAAAUUGAUAUUUAAGUAGCAUUGGCUGGAUCUAUUUGAAAUAUAUUUUGGGUUGUGGCAUUCUGUCAAAGAGUCAGUCUCUGCAGCAGACUGGCUGUUUUGUUCGGCUGUCAGAAUCAAUUUAAUCUAAAAACAGACCUGGCUUAUUUAUUUUUGUCUCAAGUUGAUAUUGACAGAAAAUCAGCACUUGUAUCUUGGAUGUGUCUCAUUAAAACAAAGACAACGCAGAUUAAAAUUGUUCACGAUUUUAGGCUCUACUUGAGAUGUACUCUUACUUCGUUCACGGGCUGCAGGGUCAGUGUAUUAUUAUUAUUAUUAUUAUUAUUAUUAUUAUUUUGAUCCCCUUAACCCCUUGAAUCGGUCAUUUCCCAGAAUAUAAAGCAUAAAAUGCAAUUUCAGCAAAUGUAUGAUGGGCUAAACCUUCAGGGUGUCCUCCAUCAUGUGUGUCCUCUAUCAUGUGUGUCCUCUUCCUUUUCCUCCGAACAUUUCUGUCUUUAUCAAAUACAGAUGCUUAAAUUGGGUCUGAGCAACAUGAAUAAUGUGACUCAUUGUUGUGGGAGGGAAGAGGUUUGAUCAAGAGUCUUAAUGAGGAAGUAACAAGGUUAAAAACCCCUGGCAGUGUUUAGAUGUGAGAAACCACUGGAAAUGAAGUGACAUCUUAUCCUGCCCAGCCGAAAAUGUACAAGACAUUUCAAUAAAAAUCAAUUUAGUUUUACCUGGAAAA